AUGGAGAAAUUAGGAAAACAGCAAAAUCCAGUAGUUCUUCUAAUCCAAAAUGGGAUCAACAGGAAUGGCAAAGCACAAUUGACAGUUGUGCUUGAUGGAUUGGUGAUUGAGCAAGAAAAUAUAACAAACUGCAGCUCAUCUCCAACCAUAGAAAUACAGCAAAAUGGUGAUGCCUUACAUGAAAAUGGAGAGCCUUCAGCAAGGACAACUGCCAGGUUAGCUGUUGAAGGCACGAAUGGAAUAGAUAAUCAUGUACCUACAAGCACUCUAGUCCAAAACUCAUGCUGCUUGUGUGUAGUUAAUGGAGACAACAUACCUUCAUCUCCAUCUCAGGUUGCUGCCAGACCCAAAAAUACACCAGCUCCAAAACCACUCACAUCUGAGCCUGCCGAUGACACUGUUAAUGGAGAAUCAUCUUCAUUUGCACCAACUGAUAAUGCUUCUCUCACGGGUAUUCCAGUAGUGUCUGAAGAAAAUGCCUUGUCUCCAAAUUGCACUCGUGCUACUGUUGAAGAUCCUUCAGUUCAAGAAAUACUGACUUCCUCAGAAAACAAUGAAUGUAUUCCUUCUACCAGUGCAGAAUUGGGAUCUGAAUCUAGAAGUAUAUUAGACCCUGACAUCUCUAAUUCUGCAAGUAGUUCUGCUUUUGAAGCAGCCAAAUCAAGACAGCCAAAUGGGUGUAUGGAUCCAGUAUAG